ACGCGGGCGAGCGCCUAGACGCCGGGACCAGCGGGCCUCGCCAGACGCAAGCUCGGCCGGGGCUGCUGGGCCCUGCGGAGGGCAGGAUGGAAGAGAUCCUGCGCAAGCUGCAGAAGGACGCGUCCGGGAGCAGGCACAAAGCCAUCAAGGAGAGCUGCACCUGGGCCCUGGAAACCCUGGGUGGUGUGGAUACUAUUGUCAAGAUUCCGCCACACUUGCUGAGAGAAAAAUGCCUGCUGCCUCUCCAGUUGGCUUUGGAAUCCAAGAAUAUGAAACUGGCCCAACAUGCCUUGGCAGGAAUACAGAAGCUUCUGGCAGAAGAAAGGUUUGUAUCCAUGGAAACCGACUCUGACGAGAAGCAGCUGCUCAAUCAGAUCCUGAAUGCUGUGAAAGUGACGCCUUCCCUGAAUGAGGACCUGCAGGUGGAAGUGAUGAAGGUUUUACUCUGCAUCACCUACACCCCAACCUUCGACCUAAAUGGGAGUGCAGUGCUGAAGAUCGCAGAGGUAUGCAUUGAAACUUACAUAUGUAGCUGUCAUCAGCGCAGCAUAAACACUGCUGUGCGGGCAACUCUCAGUCAAAUGCUGAGUGACUUGACCUUACAGUUACGGCAAAGGCAGGAGAAUACGAUAAUUGAAAAUCCAGAUCUCCCUCAGGAUCUCAGGAAUCAAGGGUUGACGGUGGAGGCCCUCUCCGAUGAUCUUGUCUCUGUGCUCACAGUUCUUUGUGAGAAGCUCCAAGCCGCUAUCAACAACAGCCAGCAGCUGCAGCUCCUGUACUUGGAGUGCAUCCUCUCCAUCCUCAGCAGCUCAUCUUCCUGCAUGCAUCUGCACCGAGGCUUCACAGACCUGAUCUGGAAAAACCUUUGCCCUGCUCUCGUUGUGAUCCUGGGGAAUCCAGUUCAUGAUAAAACCAUCACUUCAGCUCACAGCAGCAGCACGAGCAGCAGCUUCGAGGCAGACUCAACGUCCCCAGGGCUGUCAGAUCACGGCCGUGGCUCAGGCUGUUCCUCCACAGCACCAGCCCUGAGUGGGCCGGUGGCUCGGACCAUCUAUUACAUCGCAGCAGAGCUGGUUCGGUUGGUGGGCUCUGUGGACUCCAUGAAACCCGUUCUGCAGUCACUCUAUCAUCGCGUGCUGCUGUAUCCCCCACCCCAACACCGGGUGGAAGCCAUCAAAAUCAUGAAGGAGCUUCUUGGGAGUCCUCAGCGUCUCUGUGACUUGGCAGGACCCAGUUUCACUGAACCGGAGUCCAGGAAAAGAUCCGUUUCGAAAAGGAAGUCUCAUCUGGAUCUCCUCAAACUCAUCAUGGACGGCAUGACAGAAGCGUGCAUCAAGGGCGGCAUAGAAGCGUGCUAUGCUGCUGUGUCCUGUGUCUGCACCUUGCUUGGGGCCUUGGACGAGCUCAGCCAGGGCAAGGGCCUGAGCGAAGGGCAGGUGCAGUUGCUGCUGCUGCGCAUCGAGGAGCUGAAGGACGGGGCUGAGUCGAGCCGAGACUCCAUGGAGAUCAACGAGGCGGACUUUCGCUGGCAGCGGCGAGUGCUGUCGUCGGAACACACACCCUGGGCCGUGGGGCACGAGAGGAGCCCAGACAUCAGCAUCAGUGUGACCACAGACACGGGCCAGACCACGCUGGAGGGAGAGCUGGGGCAGACGACGCCCGAGGACCACUCUGAGCACCCCCCAAGCAGCCUCAAGUCCCUCGGCACGCAGGAGAGCAAGGACGUGUUGAGUAAAGUGUCCGAGCCAGAAGCCGGGGACCAGCCCGACGUUGUCCAACGGAGCCACAAUGUGGCCUUCCCUGACAUCACCAAUUUCCUGUCGGUGGACUGCAGGAUGAGGUCUUAUGGGUCCCGCUACAGUGAGAGCAAUUUCAGCGUGGACGACCAAGACCUGUCUCGGACAGAAUUCGACUCCUGCGACCAGUACUCCAUGGCUGCAGAGAAGGACUCCGGGAGGUCCGACGUGUCAGACAUUGGGUCAGACAACUGUUCCCUGGCUGACGAGGAGCAGACCCCAAGGGAUUGUCUGGGCCACCGGUCCCUGCGCACGGCCGCCCUGUCUCUCAAGCUGUUGAAGAACCAGGAGGCAGACCAGCACAGCGCCCGGCUCUUCGUGCAGGCCCUGGAAGGCCUCCUGCCUCGCCUACUGGCUCUGCCCAGUGUGCAGGAGGUGGACUCGGGCCUCCAGAGCUUCGCCUCAACCUUCUGCUCAGGCAUGAUGCGCUCUCCCGGGUUCGAGGGCAGCAGCAGUCUGAGCUUGCAGAUGCUGGUGGAUGCUGACAGCUUGUACACGGCUGCAUACUGCGCUCUGCUCUUCAACCUGAAGCUUUCCCAUGCUGAUUACUACAGAAAGCGGCCCCCACUGGCACCUGGCAUGAUAAAAGAGUUCAUGAAGCAGGCCCAGACCAGCGGGGUGUUGAUGGUCUUCUCCCAGGCCUGGAUGGAGGAGCUCUACCACCAGGUGCUAGAACGGAACAUGUUGGGAGAAGCUGGCUACUGGGGCAGCCCCGAGGACAACAGCCUUCCCCUCAUCACUAUGCUGACUGACAUCGAUGGUUUAGAGAGCAGUGCAAUUGGGGGUCAACUGAUGGCCUCAGCUUCCCCAGAGUCUCCCUUCACCCAGGGCAGGAGAAUUGACGACUCCACUGUGGCAGGUGUGGCAUUUGCUCGCUACAUUCUGGUUGGUUGCUGGAAGAACUUGAUUGAUACUUUAUCAACCCCUCUGACUGGUCGAAUGGCAGGAAGCUCUAAAGGGCUGGCCUUCAUUCUAGGGGCUGAAGGCAUCAAAGAACAGAACCAAAAGGAACGUGAUGCCAUCUGCAUGAGCCUUGAUGGACUGCGGAAAGCAGCACGUCUCAGCUGUGCUCUAGGUGUCGCAGCUAACUGUGCCUCAGCCUUGGCUCAAAUGGCAGCUGCCUCCUGUGUGCAGGAAGAAAAGGAGGAAAAGGAAUCCCAGGAACCCAGUGAUACCAUAGCACAAGUGAAGCUGAAGGUGGAGCAGAAACUGGAGCAGAUCGGGAAGCAGCAGGGCGUGUGGCUGCACACUGCGCACGUCUUGUGCAUGGAUGCCAUCCUCAGCGUGGGCCUAGAGAUGGGCAGCCAUAACCCAGACUGCUGGCCACAUGUGUUCAGGGUGUGUGAGUACGUGGGCACCUUGGAACACACCCACUUCAGUGACAGCACCUCACAGCCCCCUCUGACCAUCAGCCAGCCCCAGAAGACCUCAGGAGGUGCCAGGCUGCUGGGGGACCCAGAAUGUGAAGACACAGGCCAGGAGCAGAGCCAAGAACAGGAGAACUCACUGAACAUGGCGCCUGUCCUCCAGCCUCUGUCCAUCCAAGAGCUCAUCAGGGAAGGCAGCCGAGGUCGGGCCUCAGACUUCCGUGGCAGCAGCCUCAUGACAGGCAGCAGUGCCGCCAAGGCCUUGCUCAUACUAUCUACCCAGGCUGACAGGCUCUUUGAAGACGCUAUGGAUAAGCUGAACCUUGUGGCAUUGGGAAAUUUUCUUUACCAGCUGAAGAAAGCAUCACAGUCCCAGCUUUUCCACUCUGUCACAGAUACAGUGGAUUACUCUCUGGUCAUGCCAGGAGAAGUAAAAUCUACCCAAGACUGCAAAAGUGCCCUCCAUCUGUUCCGCCUGGGGGAUGCCAUGCUGAGGAUUGUGCGGAGCAAGUCCAGGCCCCUGCUGCAUGUACUGCGCUGCUGGAGUUUGGUGGCUCCACACCUGGUGGAGGCUGCCUGCCAUAAAGAAAGACACGUGUCUCAGAAGGCUGUUUCUUUCAUCCAUGAUAUACUGACAGAAGUCCUCACCAACUGGAAUGAGCCACCUCACUUUCACUUUAACGAGGCCCUCUUCCGACCCUUUGAGAGGAUCAUGCAACUGGAGUUGUGUGAUGAGGAUGUCCAAGACCAGGUUGUUACAUCCAUUGGUGAGCUCGUAGAAGUAUGUUCCACCCAGAUCCAGUCAGGAUGGAGACCCCUGUUCAGUGCCCUGGAGACAGUGCACAGUGGGAACAAGUCUGAGGUGAAAGAGUAUUUGGUUGGCGAUUACUCUAUGGGAAAAGGCCAAGCUCCCGUGUUUGACGUAUUUGAAGCUUUUCUCAAUACAGACAACAUCCAGGUGUUCGCUAAUGCAGCUACUAGUUACAUCAUGUGCCUUAUGAAGUUUGUCAAAGGAUUGGGAGAGGUCGACUGUAAAGAGAUCGGAGACUGUGUCCCCGGACCUGGAGCUACAUCCCCAGAUCUGUGCCUCCCUGCCCUGGACUACCUCAGACGCUGUUCCCAGUUACUGGCUAAGAUCUACAAAAUGCCUUUGAAGCCAAUCUUCCUUAGUGGGCGGCUGGCAAGCUUGCCCCGGAGACUUCAGGAACAGUCUGCAAGCAGUGAGGAUGGCACUGAGUCGAUUCUGUCUGAUUUUGAUGAUGACACUGGUCUCAUAGAAGUUUGGAUCAUCCUGCUGGAACAGCUCACAGCAGCUGUGUCCAACUGUCCCCGACAGCACCAACCACCAACCUUGGAUUUGCUCUUUGAGCUGUUGAGGGACGUUACUAAAACACCAGGACCGGGGUUUGGUAUCUAUGCAGUGGUUCAUCUUCUCCUGCCUGUGAUGUCCCUUUGGCUCCGUCGCAGCCAUAAAGACCAUUCUUAUUGGGAUGUGGCCUCUGCUAAUUUUAAGCAUGCCAUAGGCCUGUCCUGUGAGCUGGUGGUGGAGCACAUUCAGAGCUUUAUUCACUCAGACAUCAGGUAUGAGAGUAUGAUCAACACCAUGUUGAAGGACCUCUUUGAGUUAUUGGUGACUUGUGUGGCCAAGCCCACUGAAACCAUCUCCAGAGUGGGUUGUUCCUGCAUCAGGUAUGUCCUGGUGACUGCGGGCCCCGUGUUCACAGAAGAGAUGUGGAGGCUGGCCUGCUGCGCCCUGCAAGAUGCCUUCACCGCCACACUCAAGCCCGUGAAGGACCUGCUAGGCUGCUUCCACAGUGGCUCCGACAGCUUCAGUGGGGAAGGCUGCCAGGUGAGGGUGGCAGCACCCUCCUCCUCCCCCAGUGCCGAGGCAGAAUACUGGCGCAUCCGAGCCAUGGCUCAACAGGUGUUUAUGUUGGACACUCAGUGUUCACCCAAGACUCCAAACAACUUUGAUCACGCUCAGUCCUGUCAGCUCAUUAUCGAGUUGCCUCCUGACGAGAAGCCAAAUGGCCACACCAAGAAAAGCGUGUCGUUCCGGGAGAUCGUGGUGAGCCUGCUGUCGCACCAGGUGCUGCUGCAGAACCUGGACGACAUCCUGCUGGAGGAGCUGGCGCGCGGCGCGGGCGCGGGCGAGGACAAGGCGGGCGAGGCGCGGCCGGCCGGCUUCCUGCGCUACCUGUCCAUGCAGAACCUGGCCGUGCUGUUCGACCUGCUGCUGGACUCGCACCGCACGGCGCGCGCCUUCGACGCCAGCCCGGGGCUCAAGAGCCUGCUGCGCAAGGUGUCGGGCGUGGGCGGCGCGGCCAACCUGCACCGCCAGUCGGCCAUGAGCUUCCGCCUCUACUUCCACGCGCUGCUGCGCGCGCUGCUGGCGCUGCCCGAGCCGCCCACGGCCGCGCAGGUGCGCCGCGCGCUGGCCGAGGCCGAGGAGGCGGACGCGGCGCGCGCCAGCGACUCGAGCGCGGCCUGCUCGUCGGAGGACGAGGACAUCUUCGAGGAGACGGCGCGCGUGAGCCCGCCGCGCGCCCGGGAGCGGCGCCGCCGCCGGGCCCGGCCGCCCUCGCUCAGCGCGCAGCCGGCCAGCAACGCCGACUGGGCCUGGCUGGCGCGCCGCCUGCACACGCUGGGCCUCGAGCUCAGCGCGCACUACCUGCAGCUGCACCUGGACCUCGACGGCGGCCCGCGCGCCGCCGACCCCGCCGCGCCCUGCGCGCCGCCCGCCUUCGCGUCCGGGCCGUCCACGCCGUCCGCCCCCGGGGGCCUCUCCGGCAGGGGCACCCCGUCGGAGGACGAGCGCGGCGGCCAGCUCCUCUUCCCCCGGGAGCCCCCGGCCGAGCCUGCGGGCCUGCGUGGAGGCGGCGGCGGCGGCGACCUCCUGCUGCUGCCGCCGCCGCCCAGCCCCAAGGGCGACGCCAAGGAGGCCGGGCGCAGGAAGGACUGGUGGGAGCACGCGGGCAGCAGGAUCUGCACCCUGGCCGCCGACAAGACCAUCUCCAAGCUGGUGAGCGAGUACAAGAGGCGCAGGCAGCAGCAGCAGCAGGAGGCCAAGGGGGAGCCGGACCCGGGCCCCCGCGGCCAGGACUCCCCGCUGCCGCAGCGUCCGCAGCACUUGGUGGACCAAGGGCAGAUGCGCCAUUCCUUCAGCGCCGGGCCCGAGCUGCUGCGGCCGGAGAAGAGGCCCCGCUCGGGCUCCACCGGCAGCAACCUGAGCGUCUCCGUGCGAGACGCCGAGGCCCAGAUCCAGGCAUGGACCAACAUGGUGCUAACAGUUCUCAAUCAGAUCCAGAUCCUCCCAGACCAGACCUUCGUGGCCCUGCAGCCAGCUGUGUUCCCAUGUAUUAGCCAGCUGACCUGUCACGUGACUGACGUCAGGGUUCGCCAGGCCGUCAGAGAAUGGCUGGGCAGAGUGGGUCGGGUCUAUGACAUCAUUGUGUAAGAAGACUCCCAUUGCUGGAAAUAACAACAGUGAGGAUAGAAAUAUUCCUGCAGUUUACCUGGUCAUGUUCUCCUCACCAUCAGUCCCACUGAAACAGGUGAUGGUCCAUCCACCCCUCUCUACCCAGUCAGCAUUGGGGCCA